CAUUUAAUUUAUUUUCUUUGGGCCGAAGCAAACAGAAACACAAGCCGCAAACCCAAACCGCCUUCGAGGGUCAUUUAGGUAAUUUCAGGCUCCCCCAAAUUCCACGCAUAAAAGCUUUUCGCCGACGUACAAACCCCUGAUUCUACGAGUUUUCUUGACUUCUGUGAGUCAUUUCGAUCUCGAUCAAGCUCGAAGCUCUAGAACCCAUGGCUGCCAACGCCGCAACACAGAAGAAGCUCGUCCAAUCGGUCACCGUUAGGGUUCCGACCCAGACGCAUUCUUCGUCGUCGUCUUCUUCAGCGAGCCGUAGAAGCGUCUGCAGUCGCGGGUCGGGUUGUUGCUCUGUGCGCAAUCGGAUCCACUACCCGUCCAAUUUCAAGCGGAGCGCGGCUCCGGCUCGGGUCAUGUUCUUCCAGAACGGGUCCUGGAACGACUUGCCGGAUCACGUCAUUGAAAUUCUGCGUUCGGGUUUCGUGGAGCGCAAGGCGGUGGUCAGCGUUGAAAUUGAGGGGUCAACUUUCUUGUUUGACUUCAUGCGGAUGUUGCAGAUUGAUUCGGGCACUGGAGCUCAGAGAUCGAUUGCUUGGAUUGACGAAAACGGCAAGUGUUUUUUCCCUGUGGCGUUUGUUUGCGAGGAUUUGAAGGACGGGUCGGAUAGUCUGGAUAGUCCGAAGAGAAGUAUCGAUAAUCGGGUUGUCGUCCCGGGUCGGGUUUUGGGUAAGAGAAAGACAGAUGAGGUCCAUGAAGACGAAGUGACCUCGUCGAUACGGCAGCGUAUUGUGGACAAGAGUUCACCGUGGCCAAACAUGAAGUUGUUGAAAGAAGGAGAAAAGCCUUACGCAGUUGGGAGCCAGGUGUUUCUCUCAGGGAUGAGAAGGGUUGAUCCAGCGGCUGCUGUGACUUCAAUUCAUCAGUGUGUUCGAACUGGGCCGUUGGAUAGGGCCCGCUACGAGGUCUUUCAAAAGCAAGUUGAGAUGACCAAGGUGGCUCGGGGCGUUGCCAAUGUGGUUCAUGCUUGGUACGGCGCUUCGGCUAGCGAAAUAAGAGGCAUUUUGACACAUGGUUUUGGCGGGCCUAGCAAGGUUUCUGGGCCUCAGUCUCGUGGUGUUGGUCUUUACCUGUCACAUUUAUCAGCACCUCACCUAAGUGCUGGGCGGUCGGAGCCGGAUGAUAAUGGCGAAAAACAUAUUAUUUUGUGCCGGGUUAUAUUAGGCAAUGUUGAAAAAGUUGAGGCAGGGUCUCAACAAUGCCACCCUUCUAGUGCGGAAUUCGAUACGGGUGUAGAUGAUCUUAGGAAUCCUAAGUGGUAUGUGGUAUGGUCCACCAAUAUGAAUAGACAUGUUCUUCCUGAUUGUGUUGUGAGCUACAGAUCAUCUGUUCGUGUGCCAGCUCAAACGGGAAGACUUUGCUCUAUUGACGCAUUGGUUUCGAGGGUUCAGAAAUACCUUACUCCUUCUAAAGUUGAGGAACUGUCCUCUCUGGUGUGCGACUUGAAGGUUGGAAAGCUUGCAAAAAGUGAUUUCGUAAAACAGUUUCGAUCAGUUACUGGGGACCAAUUGAAGCCAUCUGUUAUUCGGGAGUUGCGUGGCUAGAAGCAAGGUUCUUCUUAGAUUUCGUAUAGAAAUGUGUUGUCAUGGUCUAUACAAUUGAUAGAACCAUGUAUGAUCUUUCCUUAGAAAUCAUAUUAGGAUUAGGGUGAAAAUGUUCAACCAUACAAAAGAUCGUGCAGUUUUUUUUUUUUUUUUUUUGGGUUCACCUUAUCAUAUGUGUUGCAAAUAUGCUUCCAAUUUAGUCAUAACAAAAAAAGCGUUGUUCAUUGUUUGUUAAUAAUGAAGUUCCGGGUAUGUAAUUGAACUAAGGGUGUUCCUACAUCUUUUGUACCUAGUAGCUACACCUUUAGCUAUGAACUGGCAUCUGAGGUUGAGAUUGGUUUUGCUAUAUCCAAAAGGUUGUAUGGAAUUUUAAACAUUCUCGA